CUGCAGUUUGAUGGCAAUAUGACUGCCAGUGCAAGGGGUGGAUGAUCCGCAGCGGAGGUGAGGACGGUAGCCGAGGUGUGUGCAGUAUGAUUUCUAGGUUGUAGCGUGGCGGUGGUGGCAAGCAAAUGGAGCAGGAAGGCGGUGGCAGCGGCGGUGGUGGUUGCAGCGGCGCGGUGUCUGCAGCGGUGAGCGCCGGUGGUCUAAUUCCGGUGCAUGAGCACGAGCAGCGGUACUACUCAGCUCUGCACGGGCUGUGCGUGACGGAGCCCUCCGGGAAGCAGCUGUCCUCCUCCAAAGUGGCAGAGCUCUUCAAGGCGUCUCAGCUGCCUGCUGACGUGCUGCACAAGGUGACGGAAGUGUGCGGUGCCAAACGCAUGGGCUACUUUGGCACAGCUCAGUUCUACGUGGCCCUCAAGCUGCUGGCCGCCGCCCAGGCGGGUCUGCCCGUCCACCUGCAGAGCACAUCGGCCAAUCUACCACUGCCCAGAUUUGUGGGGAUCAAGACGGAACCAGAGAUGAGAUACGUCGCCAGCACGGAGGCGCAGCACUGCGACAGGAUCCGAUGUUUGGAUUCGGGUGCCGAGCACAAGGAGCUGCCGUCUCCGCCUGGCAGCUCGGUACUUCGCUCCCCGCCGGCUUACCACAGCCACCAGUACGCCACGCCAAAACAAAGACAGAUGGCCGACUCAUACGCGGAGAGGGCCGACCAGCAGGAGUGUGACGACGAUGACGACGAUCCCUGGAGUAUCACAGAGGAACAGCGCGACUAUUACACCAAUCAGUUUAAAAGCCUGCAGCCCGACCUCGGGGCUCGAAUUCUUGGUGCUGUUGCAAAGAACUUCUUCACAAUGUCCAAACUUCCCAUCCCGGAGCUGUCGCACAUUUGGGAACUGAGCGAUGUGGACCGGGACGGAGCUUUAACCUUCCCGGAGUUCUGCGCCGCCUUCCACUUGAUUGUGGCCCGCAAGAACGGCUACCCUCUUCCUGAGAGCCUUCCCCUUGGCCUACAUCCCAAAUUCGGACCACCGAAUGACGACGUCCCCCUUCAACAUGUACGGCGUCGGAUCGUCUUUGACGAUGGCGAAACUGGACUCCAUCAGACGGAUCCGAGCGCCAAGCUCCUACCAAGUGUGGCCAAGAGCAAACAAGAUUCCAAAGAGGAAAUCAGUAAAAAACAAGAAUGCAGUUUCAGGGGUGUGGAGACGUUAAAAGAAGGCGCCACUCUGCAGUUGGCCACCUUUUCCCACAGACCAGAGCCGCCGUCUCAGGACCCCAACCGGCACUGCAAGAUGAAAACCCGACCGAGGUCAUUCUCCAGCACUUCCAUCGACGACGCCAUGAGGAAGGCGGAGGAGCCUCCCACGCCGCCGCCUCGACCUCAGAAGAAAAGCCACUCCAGAGCCUCCUCACUGGACCUCAACAAGCUCUUCCAACAGGGGGCGCCAGGGCUGAAGAGCGGAUGGUUUCCCCCUCCUCCAGCGUUACCUCCCAGACCGGCCGCCUCCCAGGUUCCACCGACCAAAGCACAGCAGCCCAACUUUGCAGACUUCAGUCGCUUCCGACAAGAGGAGGAAAGCGGUGUGAAACCCGAAGAACCCUGCUUACGCUCCCGAUUGAAUCAAAGUAGCGAAGACUUGUCCAAAGCUUCCCAACAGGAGCCAAGUCCCAAUCAAGCUCCGCAGAAGCCGGGUCGAAGGAAGUUUCGGCCAGACAGCCAGAAUGUGGAGUGCUUGGCGCCACCUACUGGAUCUUUUCUAAAACACGCUCAAAAAACGCCAUCCAGGCAGAAGAGGGACAUCCAGAUGGCAAUCCGCAAAAAUAAGGAAACCAACGCCGUGUUGACACGACUCAACAGCGAGCUGCAGCAGCACCUUAAGGCCGUCCACCACCAGAGGGUCACCUUGGAGAGCCAGCUGGACCUCCUGCGUCCCGUGGCCUCUACGUGACCCGGCGACUAGUCGGAAAAUCCAUCUUAUGCUGUAUCUGCUCUUCCAAAAAACAAACAAAAUCAAGACAAAAAACUAACAUUGAAAAAAAGCACGAAAGGACAAAAUGUCAUAAACCAGCACAAGACGACAGCAGAUGUGCUAUGCAAAGAUAAGGUGCUGCUUUGGACUCUUCAUACUGUGUCUUCUCAAAGAUUGCGUGCGGACAUGAGGGCAUGCUUGGGCUGCAUGCUAAUGAUGUCACAAUGAUGUCAUGACUGCGCUGUAAUUUAUACUAAAAUCAAAGUGAUGAAUAAAGUUGCUAACUUUUCACACUUGA